AGAGGGAGUCAGACAACGUUUUCAGCCAAUGAGCGUGGGCGCAGCGAGCUGGCCAAUCGGGUGGCUCGCCGCGGGGAGGGCGUGGCCAGGCUUCCAGUCACUUGCCUGGUACUGUGUUUGCUGGGUUCAGACUCUGCGCUCAGAGUCGGCGGGUGGUACUGAGGUUACGCGCUCCCUGGACACAGCCCCAGUCACUGCACCAACAGCGGGCGAGCAGCCACUCACGGCCACCUGGCAGGUUUUCCCUGAUUUCCCGGCCGCCGAUCUCGAUGUAUUCAGCAUGUUAGGGCACACUGGCGGCAUGCAUCGGGCCAGCUGGACUCACUAGCCGCAGGUUCUGGGCCACAGACUGAGUUUUGGAGUUAGCCAUCCUCUGAUUGCCGGAUGGUGCUAUGCAGAUUGCAAGGUAAUUUACCACCACUAAACCACUUGGCGAACUCAUCUGGAUAUAUUUCAACUUGUCAUUUUAAAAAAAUAUAUAAAAAUACAAAAAUGGGUAAUGGACUUUCAGAACAGAAUCCUAUUCUUAAUGGCUUAUCUACCUUUCAAGCCCUCCACAUUGUCAUUUUAGGUUUGGACUGUGCUGGAAAAACAACUGUACUGUACAGACUACAAUUUAAUGAAUUUGUUAAUACGGUGCCUACCAAAGGAUUUAAUGCAGAGAAAAUUAAAGUGCCACUUGGUAACUCCAAAACCGUAACUUUUCACUUUUGGGAUGUUGGUGGCCAGGAGAAAUUAAGACCACUCUGGAAGUCCUACACAAGGUGUACUGAUGGGAUUGUAUUUGUGGUAGACUCUGUGGACAUUGAGAGGAUGGAAGAAGCAAAAACGGAACUGUAUAAAAUUACUAAGACCUCAGAAAACCAGGGUGUUCCUGUAUUAAUAGUUGCUAAUAAACAGGACCUCAGGAACUCUCUGUCUCUUUCGGAAAUUGAGAAGAUGUUGGCACUAAAUGAACUCAGCUCAUCUACACCGUGGCAUCUCCAACCCACAUGUGCCAUCAUAGGCGAUGGUUUGAGGGAAGGAAUUGAGAAAUUGUAUGAAAUGAUCAUAAAGAGGCGAAAAAUGCUCAGGCAACAGAAAAAGAAAAGAUGACUCCAUUUUACUUUUAUGAUAUUGCGUUCUAGUUUGACAAGUAGUUUGGCCGUCAAAAUUUGACGUUAACCAGUCUGUAUCAGAUGUCUGGGCUGCCUGGUUUGAUGCUGUCUAAGCCUUGUUACAUCUUUCUUUUUCAGCUGGGUGGAAUCUCACUGUGGGAGAUCUGCCAAAUCCAACAACACUUCCAGUAUGUGUUUUCAUAAACAUCAGGAAAAUGUCUUUUGUACGUCAGUGGCUGAAAUAGAAUCUGGUCAUCGUGAAUGAUAAACUGUGAAUGUAUGCAAAGUGUUGAAUAAAACUUUAAAUUUUUGUAUUUUUGAAGAACCUCCUAUAAAGAAAUACAAUCUGAAGUACACGUCGAGGAGUCUAGCAGAUUUAGAAAUGUGGCAUAGGAUUUUUUUCUAUUCUAAAUCAUUUGUGGGUCAGUUGAUUUAUGUAUAUAGGGAAUAUCCUGUCCAAUGUGUUUAACUUAGAAAGUUUCUUUAAAAAGCAUAUACAUGCAGUGCAUGAAGGCUAUUUCUUCACUUUUUUUCCUCUACCACUGUCAAUUGGUUACAUCACAAGAAAUGCUAUGCAUUUAUACAGUAUUAUCUAAAUUUAGAGUUCUAGACACACAAGUCUAUGCUGCAUGUACAAUCUGGUUCCUAUGUGCUGUUUCCAAUACACAGCAGAGAGACAGAGGGAACCUUCACAUGAGCAUUUGCUGCUUUGUAGGAUAACAUGAAUUCUGCUAUAAAAGCACAAUUAUAACAAUUUAGGUUUUUUUUUAGUCUGUGAUUGAUUAGUCACUGGAAGGCAAACACUCCACAUAAUGUGAUGUCAAGCUUUUAUGCGCUUUUCUCCCCCACUGACUUGAUUUGUGACAUUUUCAGUUUCUUUUCCACUAGCUACACAGCGGUUACACAAUCUAAAUCUGUCAACUGUCCUGAGGGCAGAAAAAGCCUUACUGCCUGCUAUUCUCAAGGGUUAAUAUGGCACUUAUUAAGUAACUUAUGUGUCCUUGAUAUAGGUUCAGCGUGUCUGCAUCACUUAAAUUUAUUUUCUGUAUGUUUUACUCCAUACUUGAGCA